AACACAUUCCUCAUUCUUCAACAUAUAUUCCUCAUCUUCCACUAGAAAUCAACAAGUCCAAGAGAAAUCCCAUUCCCUCUGCCUCUCAAAGCCUUCAACACACAAAAACAGAGAGAGAGAGAGAGAGAGAGAGAGAAGGGGCUCUCAGAUGGCAAUGGCCACCCUUUUCUCCGUUGCAGCUCUCGUAGCUGCUUCUUUCCUAUUAUCAGUCUCCAAAGUUCAGACUACGCAAACUUCACUCUUUCCCAGCGAUUUCACCCAAAAUUGGGCUCCGCAAAUGUUUGGCACUUCUCAGAAUGGGCAGAUCUGGUCUCUUUCUUUGAUCAAUGCAACAGGUAGUGGGUAUCUAACAAACAAUAAGUACCAGUUUGGGUGGUUCAGCAUGAAGAUCAAGCUGGCUGGAAGUAACGCUGCUGGUGUAGUGACAACUUAUUUUAUGUGCUCAGAAAAUGGGGCAGGGCCAACGAGAGAUGAGGUGGACUUCGAGUUUUUGGGGAACGUAUCUGGGCAACCAUACAUCUUACAGACCAAUGUUUUCAAGAAUGGAACCGGUGGCCGUGAGAUGAGGCACUUUCUUUGGUUUGAUCCAACUGCAGAUUUCCACGCAUAUUCUGUCCUUUGGAACAAUCACCAGCUUGUGUUCUUUGUCGACGAAACUCCAAUAAGGGUGUUAACAAACACCGACUACACCAACAACUUCUUCCCCAACACAAAACCAAUGUACCUCUUCUCGAGCAUCUGGUGCGGAGACACAUGGGCCACGGAGGGUGGCCUCGUCAAAACGAACUGGACCUACGCCCCGUUCGUUUCCUACUACACUGACUUCUACGUGGACGCCUGCGAGUGGGUAGACCCGUCUCCGGCUUGUCUUUCCACCACCACCCAGAACUGGUGGGAUCAAUCCGGUGCUUGGCAGCUCACGGCGAGCCAGCAGGAGGACUAUAACUGGGUUCAGAAGAACUUUCUGGUUUAUUACUACUGCCUGGAUACCGUAAGGUACCCGCCGCCUACAAUGCCUGAGGAGUGUUCAUCUAACACAAUACAAUACGGCAAUCAAUAUUAUUGAUGAUCAAGAAAGAAUGAGAAGGAUUCUUCUAUGCUUUUUUGCAGUUUGAUUUUCUGUUGUCUAUUGUUUUUUUUUUUUUUGUUAUUUACAUAUAAAUAUAUCUAUAUAAACGCUGCCUAUAUUGGGCUAAUUCUUGUAUUGGAUUUAUUGAAUAAUUUUCCCUGUUAAGUUCCGUCCAAUACAAGUUUAUUGUUGAUUUUGUUCA